AUGGACGUGUUCCUCGACGUUUUGUUCCGCGAUACGGUGUAUCUGCUUCAGAGCAGAAAGCAUCCAAGGCCCAUGGUCGCGUGGUCAGGUGUUGCUGCGACCAUGGGACCUCCAGUGGGCGGUUCGCUGGGUCGGGUUAAUUGGAAAUGGCUCCUCUGGAUGACUCUGACCAUCUGUGGACUUGCGCCCGCCGCCCCGUUGCUGUUCAUGCGCGUCGAGGAUGGCGAUUCUGGACUAUCGAUAGAGAGCACGACAGCAGGGAAACCUAGAGGGACGACAAGAAUGUCGAUGGAGAGGCUUACGCGAUUGACCUACCUGGGCGAUGCUCUCUUCACCUCGAACAUGCGUGCGAUCCUCUAG